AUGGGUCGACCGCUGGACAGCUUAGGUGUGAUUAGACCACCGAUUGUUAGCGACACAAACGAUCAGUUUGAGGAACAGUGGUUUGACCAGAGAGUCGAUCAUUUUAAUAAACAGGACAACAGGACUUUUAAACAGCGCUAUUAUGUGGAGGAUUCCCAUUAUAAAACUGGUGGACCAGUAUUUCUUAUGAUUAGUGGUGAAGAUGAAGUUAGUUCAAUAUGGCUCACAAAUGCCACUUAUAUGGGAGAAUUGGCUCAAAAGUACGGCGCUUUGGCUGUGAUUUUAGAGCACCGGUAUUACGGGAGGUCUGUUCCCACACCAGACCUGUCCACUCAGAACCUCAAAUACUUGACCACACAAUUGGCGCUCAAAGACUUAGAACAGUUUGCACUGUAUUUGACCAAAAAGUUAUCACUUGAAGGCAACAAAUGGGUUGCGUUCGGGGGCUCAUAUCCCGGCGCUCUCGCCGCGUGGUUUAGGGAGAAGUACCCCAACAUAGCUGUCGGUGCCAUAGCCUCGAGCGCACCCGUCGAAGCUAUUAUCAAUAAUCCUAACUAUUUAGGAGUUGUUAGCGAAUCGCUUGGAAAGGAGUGCUCCGAUAAUAUUAGGAAAGCCCACAUCGAGUUGGAAAACCUGCUGAAAACACCGGAAGGUGUGAUAAAAUUACGCAAAACAUUGAAUUUGUGCCAAUCAUUUGACGGCAAGAAUAUCAAUGAUAAUCGUUGGCUAGUUCAGGGGCCGAUCACUAAUAUAGCAAUGAUUGUUCAGUACAACAAUCAUAUCGAUCGCGUCCGUAAGAUAAUGAACGACACCUCAAUCGGUACACCACUGGAAAGGUAUGCCAGAGUACAGGGUGUGAAUCAAACACUUCCCUGCAGUGAUAUGAAGUAUGACGAUAUGAUUAGUAUCUUAAAAAACACAACCAUUGACAAUAAAGGAAUGGCUCGACAGUGGUAUUACCAGAUGUGCACAGAAUUGGGUUAUUUCCAGACCAGUGAUAUCCCGGACUCAAUUGCUGGUCACUCUAUACCCGUUGAGUUUUACGUGAAAAAAUGUGCCGAUAUUUACGGUAAACAAAUCACAACACAAAGCAUACAGAAAGCGGUCGACCGGACGAAUGCCUAUUACGGGGGUCUAAAGCCAAACAUAACUAACGUUAUGUUCCCCAACGGGUCACUCGACCCCUGGCACUCACUCGGUAUCCUUAAAGACCUUAAUAAUAGUACUAAAGCUGUGAUGAUUGAGAACUACUCACACGGCGGCGAUAUGUGGGGAUCGACACCAAAGGAUACCCAG